AUGUCACUCCACGCCACCCCAGCCCACUCAUCCCGCAUAACAAAACCAAGACGAAAAUCCGGACUCGCAGCCCUAGGCCUCAAACGCAAGACAUCCUCUCCUUCAAAUAUAACCCCAAAGCAGCUCUCCUUGCCAUCUGAACCCUCAGCCUACAACGACGAACAACAACCCCCCUCCCUACUCACAGACCUCAAGUUAUGCGACAUACCCGAAUUCAUAACCACCAUGCAAACCCACACAUUCUCCCCUCUUCCCAAAUCACCCUCCCUCUCCUCAACCUUAACAUCCCGCAUCCUCAACCACCGCCGCCUCCUCCCACCCUUCAUAUCCAUCGCGCAUCUGCACGCCGUAUCGCACUCCGCAACCCGCGUAGACCGCGAGAUAUCUGCUCUAGUGAACACCGGCGUGCUGCGGCGCAUCAUAUUGCCUCAUCGCGACGCAUCUGCUAUCGGCGAAGGCGUAGUUUUGGUGCGAGAAUGGGCGCGGGUUGUUCGGGAGAACGGUGAUAUACCCGAAUCCCUGAAAGAAAAAUACACCACCUCUCUCACCUCACCAACCUCACUGCUGGAUUUCACGCCGAAAGAACGCCAAAUCCUACUCUCGACAGGCUUCUUGACAUGUGACGCCACCGCACAAAACGCGACGUACACUUUAUCGCUCCCAAACAUGGGAUUGUAUGUCAAGUUAGUAAGUGACGCAUGUAGCCAUCUUCUCAAGCUGCUCAAACAAAAUACACACGGCACGAUGCCGCUGUGCGAUUUAGCAGAUCGCUGGAACGGCGGCGUUAUCGACGAAGGGGAUGUACGAGCUGAGCGCAAGAAGGUGCGAGGAGAAUGCCAGGGCGUACUGCCUGGGCGGACGAAGAGGUGGAAGCGGUUUUAUGGGAUGCGGGUUGAGUGGGUGGUGGAAGAGUGUGUGGGGGCGGGGUUGGUGGAGGUGUUUGAGACGGGGAGUGUGGGGAGGGGGGUGAGGGUUGUGGGAUAGGAAGGAGCAGAGGGGAUGGUGAGGUUGGGGAAGGAGCAGGAUGGGAAGAUGCGCUGUAGUGUAUUUGAAGAGUGGUUCGUUGUUUUGCUUAAGGAACUUUGGAAAGUCAGCAUGUAUGGGAGUGGACGGGCGUAGUGAGAGUUGGUAAAUUUGUAUUGUGAUAGUGGAUCUAGAUGAUGAGCGGAUAAACACAUGAAUAGCUCCGAAACCUCAAUGGCAUGGCAAAAUUGAUACGAUUCUCAGAAUCAGCGUACAAGAAUGGAAGACUCUUGAUAAUAUUGACUUGCUCAAAAGGGCGAUAUCCACACUGCUC